CUGCGAUACACAUCGACAUACGGUGAAUAUAUUAAAUUAUUAUCAAUACAUCGAUUCGAUAAGGAUAUUAUCGCCCAUAGUCCACGUCACAACUUUACAUUCACAGAUUUCACAAUGUUGAGGCUUUUAUUUUUGGCUGCAUUGCUGCAGUGCACUAUAUCCCAACAAUAUCAGCAAAAAGUAGCCCCCGGAGUGCCUCCACAGAAUUAUCAGAACUAUCAACAGCCGCCUCCCCCGCCCCCACCUCAACAGGCCAAGACCGCGUUACCUUAUUGCGCUAGCCCCACGUAUCCGGUUAUUCAGUGUAAAGUUAUUCACAACAGUACCAACAGCAACAGCAGUACCAACAGCCGCCUCCCCCCCAACAACAGCAACAAUACCAGCCCCCUCCCCCACCCCCACAGCAACAACAACAACAGUACCAGCAACAACAACAACCGCCACAACAGUUCCAGCAACAGCCCCCUCAACAACAGCAUGGACAUGCUCACCAUGGAGGAACAUAUGGAAGUUCCAAUAGAUACAUCGAAAAUGUCGGAACAAGAGCUACAGUUCCACUACUUCAAGAUGCAUGACGCUGAUAAUAAUAACAAGCUGGAUGGAUGUGAGCUGAUCAAGUCACUUAUACAUUGGCACGAACAAGGACACAAACAGGCGCCUCAAGCCGGAACACCGCCGGUUGGCGAAAAAAUCUUUGGCGAUGACGAAUUAGUGAAUUUAAUCGAUCCCAUUUUAAAUAUGGACGAUCAUAAUAGGGAUGGUUAUAUAGAUUAUCCGGAAUUCGUAAGAGCACAGCAGAAGAGUCAACAAAAACAGGGACAGUAA